CAGCACAAACUGAAACGUUGUUACAAUACGAGGCGAACCUUUGAUUGAGAUUUUAAGUUGAAAAUGCAUUCUUCCUAUGUUUGUAUUGUAUGUUUUCACUACAUGUUCAGUGACAACUUGAACCAGGUGUAAGAGCGUAGCAAAAUGAAAUCAGCCCUGGCCAUGUAGUUAUUAAAGAUGAUGGACGCACUAUCGGUGGUGAGCCAGUUGCGGGAUCUGGCGUCCGAGCCCCAGAAUCGAGAGGCCAUCGUACAGGACCAAGGCUGUCUACCCGGGCUGGUUCUCUUUCUGGACCACCAGAGCCCGGAAGUGCUGCUUGCAACUCUGCAGACACUCCGCUACUUGGCAGAGUUAUCCCCAAACAUUCCGUCUAUGAAGAAUGAACUUGGGAUGAUGGUCAGCCUGGAGAACCUCAUGGGAAGGGACGACCUGUCCGUGGACAUCACCAGCUUGGCCCAGGAGGUGUAUGGAAUUCUGACUGCACCCCCUCUUCCUGUACAUCGCACACCUGAGAGGGAAAGGAGAAAGAAGUCACAGUUCUUCAUUAACUCGUCCAACAAGAAAGCCAAGUGUGUCACAUUGCACAUUCAGGGCCUGGACAGCGUCGACCAUCGGGGCUUGUGCGAAGAGGCUCUGCUGAAGGUCCGAGGAGUCAUCAGCUUCACUUUUCAGAUGGCGUCAAAGAGAUGUACUGUACGCAUUCGGUCGGACUUGCCCACUGAGAGCCUUGCUUCUGCCAUUGCGGACACCAAGGUGUUGUCGGCACAACAGGUGGUGAAGAAUGAGGCAGGAGAAGAGGUCCUCAUCCCUCUGAAUCCCUCCGGAGCGGAGGUGCCGCAAAACUCAGCCCUGCCAAAUUACCUCCCCGAGGAGGAGGAGAGCCCAGAGAAGGAGGUGGACCGCGCCGUGUCUCGCACUGCCGCCAAGGACGACGCAAGCGGGAGCUGGCUCAAUGCCGCCGCCAGUUUCCUCACCAAGACGUUCUACUGGUGAAAAGAGUCCUAGUCUACUUUCCGAGGGGACGAUACCCUGGAAUGAUCUAUACAAAGUAUGUGCGUAGAUGAUUGGAUUCAGAUGUUUGUUUUUGCUUGGAACUCAAAGCUUGACUUGAUCUGUUGAUUUGUUUCCUGUAAAUAUUUACUUUAAAUGUCUUCAACACAUUUCAAA